AUGGGUUGCUGCAUCUCCGCCCCCAAACAAGACGAUGACGGCGACCACCGCCAUGACCCCCCCAGGAAACGGCGCGGUCGGAGACCCCAACAGAGGGAACUGCGCCGGCGCAGGCCCCAGACGAGAGAACAGCGCCCUCGCAGGUCCCCAGACGAGGGAACAGCGCUGUCUCAGCCCCCCGCUGGGCAAACAGCGCCGUCGCAGUCACCAGCCAAGGGAACAACGCCCUUCCGCCACUACACUCUUGCGGAGCUAAUGGCGGCGACGCAUGGAUUCGCCGACCGGAACAUGAUCUCACAAGGCGGCGAUGAGCACCUCCCGAACUUCGCCUACAGGGGCCGCCUUCAAGGCGGCCAACAGAUCGCCGUCAAGAGGUUCUCCAAUGACGCCUGGCCUGAUGAGGAGCAGUUCAGGGAUGAGGCGAUUAGAGCGGGAAGGUUGAGACACAGGCGGCUUGCGAGAUUGAUUGGGUACUGUUGCGAGGGGGCUGAGAGGCUUCUUGUGGCCGAGUUCAUGCCCAAUAAUUCUCUCGCACGGCAUCUUUUCAACGUUAAAACUAAGACUAUGGAGCGGUCUAGGUGCUUGAGAGUCGCAUACUAUAUAGCAGAAGCUUUGGAAUAUUGCAUCAAAGAACAUGCUCUGUAUUAUGAUCUGAAUCCACAUAAAGUUCUCUUUGAUGAGGAGGGCAAUCCUUGUCUUUCUUGUUUUGGUCUCGUGAAAAACCUCAGGGAUGAAAGAUGUUUCCACACUAACAUUGCUUACACACCUCCGGGGUGCUUAUAUGGAAUGGCCAGUGCUAAAAGCAUGGUAUUCAGC